GUCGUCGUCCGCGUUGACUGCGUCAUCUCCGACGACCCCUCCCCUUCCGCCGCCGGAGGAGGCGGCGACAAUAAGACACGCGGCGUCAUCUCGAAUCUCGCUCGCCUCGUCCUUGGAGGCAUCGUCAAGCCUCUCCAAGCCCUAGGUCAGAUCUUGAAUAAGAGAUCUCUGGAAGCUUCGUCGUCGGCUUGCUCUCUGGUUUCGUCGGAAGUAUCGCAUCACUCGCCGACCGAGGUCUUGAAGAACUUUAAGGAGAUUCGGAGGCUGAGGAUCGAGCUUCCAGCUGGUGAGCUCGGGGUUGAAGAUGGAUCUCUUUUGAAAUGGAAGGCUGGUUUCGGAUCUACGCUUGAUAGUUGUGUUAUACUUGGCGCGACAUCUUCGUCUUCGUCGAAAUCUCAGAGCUCCAGCCCUAAUCCUACUAAUUCAUCGGAAUUAUGCGGUGUUGAUGAUAGCGGAAGUAUUCCAGAGGCUUUUUACACCAACGGGAGCCUCAAAUUGAGGGUUGUUUGGACGAUUAGCUCUCUGAUUGCUGCGUCCGCGAGACAUUACCUUCUUCAGCCGAUUAUAAAUGAUCAUGAAACGCUGCAGAGCUUGGAUCUGACCGAUGCUGAUGGGCAAGGGGUGCUGACUAUGGGAACUUCACAGUUGAAGGAGCUGAGAGCGAAGCCCGUGUCACCUUCAGGGUCUUCGCAGAGGACUUUAGUGCCGGCGCUCAGUAUGAAGCUGUGGUAUGCACCACAUUUGGAAAUUCCGGGUGGGAUUGUGUUAAAAGGUGCGACUUUGGUUGCAAUCCGGCCAAGUGAGGAGGGAUCAGGGGAGAAUUUGAGUGCGUGUAGUGCGUCAUCAGAUGGAGCGAGUUGGGUUUCAGAUGCAUUUGAAGAACCUUACAGGACGGCCGUGAGGAUGUUGGUAAAGAGGAGGACUUACAGCCUCGAGAUGAAUUCCUUUUGAAACCCUGAACCUACCAGGAGUUUGAGCAAUCGAUCAAGAGGAAAAUGGAAUGUUCGAACAAAAGAUUAGAAGGUCGGAGUAAUUUUGAAAGCGCGGAGAAAAGCUCGAUGAAGACCUUAAAAAUCUCAAGCUGCAACGUUCUCUGAUACGAAGAGUCUGAGUCUCCUCUCUGCUGCUCAUGAGAUUAAAACGUUAAAAGAUGUUUUUUUUUGUACGAAAUGUAUUGUCGGUAGCACGCUCGACAAGAGUCUUUGAUGUUUCCUUCCUGUAAAUGUUUGAGAUAAUCCUGAUGUUAUUCUGUUUUGGUGACGUAGAUCAAGCUUUUUAACUCUCUUGGAA